CCCCAUCUUCUUCUUCCCGCUUCACUCUCCCAGAGCUCAACGGCUACACGGGAUGGGGUCAAGUGCUCCCCGGGAGGAGCUCUCCUCGCCUCUCUUAUUCCCCGCCCACGACGAUGGCCACGGCCUGCCCCUGCAGGCAUCGACGUCGCUGCCUCCCGUGGCCGCCGACGGCAAAGCUCACGGGACCAGCGGGAAGCUGGAGAGCAUACUGAACGACACCUCCAUCCCUUGGCUCCGCCGCGUCGGGCUUGCCUCCCAGAUCGAGAUGAGGCUGCUCCUCUCCCUCGCGGCGCCGGCCAUAGUUGUGUACCUAAUCAACUUCGUCAUGUCCAUGUCCACCCAGAUCUUCUCCGGUCACCUCGGCAACGUCGAGCUCGCCGCCGCCUCCCUCGGCAACUCCGGCAUCCAAAUCUUCGCCUAUGGCAUCAUGCUAGGGAUGGGGAGUGCCGUGGAAACGCUGUGCGGGCAGGCGUACGGCGCCCACAAGUACGAGAUGCUCGGAGUAUACCUCCAGCGGUCGACGGUGCUGCUCAUGGCCACCGGCGUGCCACUUGCGGUGAUCUACGCCUUGUCGCGGCCGAUCCUGGUGCUGCUGGGGGAGUCGCGGGACAUCGCCAGGGCGGCGUCGGUCUUCGUCUACGGGCUGAUCCCGCAGAUCUUUGCAUACGCCGCCAACUUCCCGAUUCAGAAGUUUCUGCAGGCACAGAGCAUCGUGGCGCCGAGCGCCUACAUCUCGGCCGCGACGCUGGUGGUGCACCUGCUGCUGAGCUGGGUAGUGGUGUACAAAGUCGGGCUGGGGCUGCUGGGCGCCUCGCUGGUGCUGAGCCUGUCUUGGUGCAUCAUCGUAGGGGCGCAGUUCGUGUACAUCGUCACCAGCCGGCUGUGCCGCUCCACGUGGACCGGGUUCACCUGGCAAGCCUUCUCGGGGCUGCCGGGGUUCUUCCGGUUGACCACGGCCUCCGCCGUGAUGAUGUGCUUGGAGACGUGGUACUACCAGAUCCUGGUGCUCAUUACUGGGCUGCUGAAGGACCCGGCGUUGGCCCUUGAUUCCCUUUCCGUGUGUAUGGCCAUCAAUACUGCGACAUUUAUGAUCUCAGUCGGAUUUAACGCCGCGGCAAGCGUGCGCGUAAGCAAUGAGCUGGGUGCCGGGAAUCCCAAGUCGGCGGAGUUCUCGGUGGUGGUCGUCACGGCGGUGUCUUUCGCGGUAUCCGUCGUGGCGGCGAUGAUCGUCCUCUGCCUUCGGGACUACAUCAGCUAUAUCUUCACUGAAGGCGAGACGGUCGCUCGUGCCGUCUCUGAUCUCUGUCCUUUGCUCGCCGUCGCCAUCGUCCUCAAUGGCAUACAGCCUGUCUUAUCAGGUGUUGCUGUUGGCUGUGGAUGGCAAGCAUUUGUGGCAUACGUCAAUGUUGGCUGCUACUACAUAGUUGGUGUGCCAGCAGGUUGUCUCCUUGGCUUCAAAUUUGGCUUGGGAGUGAAGGGAAUAUGGUGCGGGUUGAUAGCUGGAACAGUCAUCCAGACACUUAUUUUACUGGUGGUCACUUUCCGAACCGAUUGGAACAAAGAGGUGGAAGAAGCUAAGAAGAGAUUAGAUAAAUGGGAGGACAAGGAGGAGCCCCUUCUAUCCUAGAUAGCAGCUACCUGUUGAUCUAUUCAGAUCAUCCUACUUGAGGAGCCAAUAACAUCCAGACUGAAUGGCAUUGAUCUGGAAUCCAUUGAUGCUUUGAAGAAAGAGGGAAGGGAGAACAUGUGAUGGAUACUUUGAGGGUGCUAAGCAAAGGGUGAAUAAGGUAGAGGUCCAUGAGUUUGUGAUUCAAAUGGACACCAACCUCAAAUCUUUGAUGGUCCUCUGAAGAGAUGCAUCACUCCCUGGAACGAAUCCAUUCUUCUCUUCAGAAGAGAAGUUAGCACGGGUUUAUGUAUCGAUAUAUUCCUUGGAGAAAUGAACUCUUAGACGAUCAAACUCUCACUAAUGUAUGAAGUGGUUGAAUCCGUUGAC